AUGUCGUCGUUCAACGGGAAAGCCCCAUAUGCCCCCGACUAUGCCUCCUACAACUGGAUUGGCGCUCCCGCCAACUAUGAGCUGACUACCAAUGCUGACCUGGGCGGCGAUUCCCGCACCGAAAACUUGAACAAAUGGUUCCAAUCAGGCGACCAGGCCUACAUUAUCGUGGCGUCUGCCAUGGUCCUAGUCAUGAUUCCAGGACUGGGCUUCUUGUACUCGGGCUUGGCCCGACGUAAGUCCGCUCUGAGCAUGAUCUGGGCUUGUAUGGCUUCCAUGUCCGUCAUCACCUUCCAAUGGUACUUCUGGGGUUAUUCGCUCGCCUUCUCUACCUCGGCGACCAACGGUUUCAUUGGCAACUUGCGCAACUUUGGUCUUAUGAAGACUCUCGCCGAUCCUAGCCCUGGAUCACCACUGAUUCCUGGCUUGCUCUUUGCAUUCUACGAGAUGCAAUUCUGUGCCGUUACUGCAGCUAUCGUCAUGGGCGCCGUCGCUGAGCGUGGUCGCCUCCUUCCCGCUAUGGUCUUCACCUUCAUCUGGGCGACAGUCGUCUACUGCCCUCUUGCCUGCUGGGCCUGGAACUCCAAUGGCUGGGCCUUCAAGUACGGUGUCAUGGACUACGCUGGUGGUGGCCCUGUCGAAAUCGGUUCCGGUUUCACUGCACUCGCAUACAGCAUGGUUCUCGGUCGCCGCCAGGAGCGCAUGAUGCUCAACUUCCGCCCUCACAACGUCUCCCUGAUCCUUCUCGGUACCGUCUUCCUCUGGUUCGGCUGGCUCGGCUUCAACGGUGGUUCGGCCUUUGGUGCCAACAUCCGUGCCACCAUGGCCUCUUGGAACACCAACCUGACUGCUGCAUUCGGUGCUAUUACCUGGGUGCUGCUUGACUGGCGUUUGGCUCGUAAGUGGUCCAUGGUCGGCUGGUGUUCCGGCACCAUCUCUGGACUCGUCGCUGCCACUCCCGCGUCUGGUUUCAUCUCCCCCUGGGCUAGUGUAAUUCUCGGAAUUGUCACCGGCAUCGUUUGCAAUUACUCGACCAAGAUCAAGUACUGGAUUCGCAUCGACGACAGCAUGGAUGUGUUAGCUGAGCACGGUAUCGCCGGUAUCAUCGGUCUCCUUUUCAAUGCCUUCUUCGGCGACGACGCCAUCGUCGGCCUGGACGGUGUCAACACCGGCACCGGUGUUGGUGGCUGGGUCAUCCACAACUGGAAGCAGCUGUACAUUCAAAUCGCCUAUAUCGUGGCAACCGCCGCCUACUCCUUCGUCAUGUCCGCUAUCAUCGCCUACGGCAUUAACGCCAUUCCCGGCCUGAACCUGCGUGCCUCCGAAGAGGCUGAGCUCCUCGGUAUGGACGAUGACCAGCUCGGCGAGUUCGCCUACGACUACGUUGAGGUUCGCCGUGACUACCUCGCCUGGACCCCGCAGAAGCACGACCAGCUAGAGGACGGUCACGAGAUUCCCGCCGCUGAUCGGUACGGUAUCGGUGAGCACUCGGAGAUGAUGCUGGAGGGACAGGCUCCGAACGGCGAGAUCAGCCAAAGCUCCCGCGGUGGUAGUGAGGGAGACAUGCACAUUCAAGAAUUGAAGAUUGCACCUGCUCCCAGACAGGUCGCCGAGAUGACGAGCCCGCACACCCAUGCACCUCCUCCUACGGAAACGCCCGUUAUCUUGAAACCUGUCGAUGAAAAGUCUGAUUAA